CUCCAGCCUUUAUUUUCUUCCUCCCUGUACAUCAUUCCUCUUUUGGACUCCACUGCAGGGGCUGCUGACGCCUUGUCGUCGACCAAUGACAUGCUGUGUUUCCAGUGCGCUGGAAAGACCAUCCAAUAAUAAGAGGCUCGCGGGGCGGGAUAUUCCAGAGCUAUCACACCUCCACACACAGAAAUCUGUGGCGUCGCAGAGCCUCAUUGAAACGGACAGGAGCCUGGACUAGUGACGCAACACGGGACAGGUACACUGAGAUCCAGAGGCUGGGAGGCUGUUUUCUGUGGAGACAGGGACACAGCACGAUAACUACUGGAAUGGACGUAUAGGAGUGACGGACAGCAGAGCCUCUCCUUCCGCUACCUGACAGCUCUACCGCAGCCGCGAACAUGUCGACGGUAGAACCAGGCGGUCAGUGCGAAGAAGGGGGGUACGGAAGGGCUGCCAAGCGGCCAAAAAUGGAGGAGUCGAUACUGGAGGAAAAGGAAGACAGAGCGGAGGAUGAACUGGAGGAGGGGGAGGACUCGGACAGCGGCUCGCUGCCUGGUAACGGGGAGGUGGAGACGGACAGUCGGGCCCGGUGGAGUGGGAGGCAGUUCGGAUCAGGACGAAAGGAUAAUGGCGAGGACUCCCAUCUCAUAUCUCCUAGUCCGGUGGUCCAUGUCCGGGGUCUGUGUGAGGCUGUGGUGGAAGCAGACCUCAUUGACGCCCUGAAGAAAUUUGGACCAAUAUGCUAUGUGAUGAUGAUGCCCUUCAAGCGUCAGGCCUUGGUUGAGUUCUCUUCCGUGGAGAGUGCUGAUCGCUGUGUGUCCUAUGGAGCUAAGGAGGCAGUAUACAUUGCAGGGCAACAGGCUUACUUUAACUACUCCACGUCAAAGAGGAUCACCAGACCAACAAAUGCUGAUAACCCAAACAGCGGCAACAAGGUCCUGCUGCUGUCCAUCCAGAACCCCCUCUACCCCAUAACUACGGAUGUCCUGUACACGGUUUGUAACCCCAUUGGCAGUGUGCUGAGGAUCGUCAUCUUUAAGCGAAAUGGAAUCCAGGCAAUGGUUGAGUUUGAGUCAGUUCAGUGUGCCCAGAAGGCCAAAGCAGCACUAAAUGGAGCUGACAUUUAUGCUGGCUGCUGUACACUCAAGAUUGAAUAUGCAAGGCCAACCCGUCUUAAUGUGAUAAAGAAUGAUAAUGAGAGCUGGGACUACACUAAACCAUACUUGGUCAGACGAGACCGUGGGAAGGGAAGACAAAAGCAGGCCAUUUUAGGAGAACACCCAUCGGCUUAUGCUGACAAUGGCUAUGGUCUGGCCUGCCCCCUGCUGCCUCUGACAAGCAACAGCAGGUACAAGCUCACCUCGGUGGACGUUCCAGACAUGGUUUCCUACCCUCUGCCCCAGUCUUCCCCUUCAUACUCUGGCCAUGCUGCCAGCUCUGUAGCCAUGGUGAGUGGUCUCCAUCCAUCCAAGAUGAACUGUACCCGCAUCUUCAACCUCUUCUGCCUCUACGGCAACAUUGAGAAGGUAAAGUUUAUGAAGAGUGUUCCUGGUACAGCUCUGGUGGAGAUGGGAGAUGAGUAUGCGGUGGACAGAGCCAUCACACACCUCAACAGCAUCAAGCUGUUUGGAAAAAGGCUCAAUGUCUGUGUCUCUAAGCAACAUGCAGUGAUUCCCAGUCAGGUGUUUGAGUUAGAGGAUGGCAGCAGCAGCUAUAAGGACUUCGCCAUGACCAGGAAUAACCGUUUUAGCAGCGCUGGACAAGCCUCCAAAAACAUCAUCCAGCCUCCAUCUGCUGUGCUACACUACUACAACGUUCCUCCUUGUGUAUCACAGGAUCAGAUGCUCAAGCUGUGUAGGGAGCACGAUGUGCCUGGCUUCAUCAAAUUCAAGAUGUUUGACGCCAAGCCAUCCUCUAAGACCAUCUCUGGGUUGUUGGAGUUUGACAGUAAGACGGAGGCUGUGGAGGCUCUUACUGUUCUCAAUCACUAUCAGAUUAGGAUACCAAAUGGAUCCAACCCAUACACGCUCAAACUGUGUUUUUCCACCUCAUCUCAUUUAUAAAAGCUGCUGAGCACAAAUGGAGGCCGCUAAUGACUGCUGAUGUGUGGCCUCAGAUUGACACAGGAGAACCACGGAGAGCCACACUGCAGGUUAUCAAAGUGGAUGAUGGUGAGAUGGUCUUUGAAGGAGAUGGUGAAGAUGAAGUGGGUGAAGAAGCAAACUGAAAAUAAAAUGCGCACCCACCUUCGGACCACCUAGACACAAAUGAAAAUAGUGACUGCCUGUAACGUCUCUGGGUGUCUCCAGAAUGGGUUUAUCCCACCAUCUGUAAUAUGACAAGAAGUCUUUGACUUGGCCACAGAUCAAGACCUGUUCUUGGUCAUCCAUCCUGGAGACUGGAAUCUGCCUGAACGUGGGUCUGAUAUCUCUAAUACUUAUUCAUGCACAUGCUUAAAGAAAAUUUACUGUUUAGAUACCUGAUAAAAAAUACAUUGUGCUUUUAAUAUCACUGUAAGAGUUUAAGUAAAAAUCCUAACUGACUAACACAAGUUUAAGUUUGCAUUCAGUGUUUAACGGUGCAUGUUAUGUGUUAUUUUAUUCUUGGUGGCAGCUGCUUCUGAGAACAAAUGUUUGUUUCUCAGCUGUUUGUCCAGCAUGAGAUGCCUCCACUACUGUUCAGUUGCUAAAUUUAGUUCACUGUUGGUACUUAGAGGCAAAUGUUUAAAUGUAUCAAACUACAGUUUGUUGCCUUUUUCCAGAAUCAUGUGAGAAUUUUAGCCAUAACUAUUUUACAAGUCCUCAGGUAUUCAUGUGCAGGACUUCUAAUUUUUACAGUUAUUCCUUUAAGCUCCAGCUUCAGGUGUGAGCUGUAGACUGGCUGUGUCAUUUACACACUGUUUUAUAAUGGUAAUUUUCUGAGGCCCAUCUGAACACAUCACCACACAUAUCUGAAUGAUCUACUGGGAAGGUACUGCUAGUCUGCAUAUGUAAGCCGUAGAAAGACAGGAAUUUGAACUCCUCACUAUCACAGCUCUGCACAUCAGCAACAUGUUUAAACUCAACAAUACAAAGCUACACCCACUCUAGUGGGCACAUCAGAAACAAUUAUCAAGUUUAAAGGUUUUGUUUCUUUUUUACAUUUUAUAAAGUCUCCCUUUAAUAUUUUAAAUAUACACUGACUGAAAAAGGUUCUGCACCCAGAGAUGGUGUUGAAAAUAAAAGGAAACUGCCUGUGUUGAACACCCCAGUGACUCUGACAGUAUUGGUGCACUUAUGGUCUCCUGGACAAAGGAAUGUUUUGAUGCUGAACACAGUCCGACAUCUGUUGCAUCCAUUUCCUCUGUAAGUUGACCCAAAGCUGUUAUUCUGUUUUGCCCUUAAGAUCCAGCGAAUUGGCACUGGCUCAGUCUUGGUGCUCUAGCAGCCGACUAAGGAACGGGGGAGAGAAAACAGAACAGGCAAUCUUGCUGGCUACAUGAAGUUCUCAAGAAGAUGCAGUCAUUCCAUAGACACUUACAGUCUCUGUGCCACCAAGUACACAAUUACUAUCUGUACUGAUCCAGAACACAGGGUCAUUGCUAGUCAUCCAAGUCUCCCAGUUGUAGGACAACUCUAAAUGCAGCUGACUCUGGUUUGGUGGUGGUAGAAGCCUAAAGUAUUGGAUAUGAACCAGUAGUCUGGCCAAUGGAAAUGAAUAAAACAAGGUGCAGAAUGACCCCAAAUUAUGCAAAGGGUCCACUGCUAACCCUUUCUGGAUGUGAUGAGGUUCCAAAAUGCUUUGUGCACACACACUGGUUCCAACAGUGGACUCCUGUGACAGCUGGAUGUCCCCCACACAAACCCACAUUAUUAAUGUCUUAUUAAUGCACUACUACCCUUACCCCCUUCCCGUUUUCUUUUGUUUCUGCUUCUUUGUCUCACUUAAGUGUUUCAGUUGUUGUUUUAGUUCAGAAACAAUGGAGGGUUUUCCAGCAUGAUCGGCCUGUUGAAGGUCAUGCUAAAUGAUUGCAAUCAGACUUACGUUAACCUUAAUUUCCUUCAAGAAUUCCAGGAGCCAGGAGCAGAAUUCAUGGUUCCAUUAAUUUCAUCAAGUCAUCCAGGUCCUAGAGCAGCCCUAGGAGACCAGUACCACCACCAUGCUUGACUGUUAGAUGUUGUUCUUCUGAAAUGCUGUGUUAGUUUUACAUCUUAGGUAGCACAACUUCCAAAAAGGUCCACUUUGUCUCAUCAGUCCACAGAAUGUUUUUCCAAACAUUUGGGGGAUGAUCAAGAUGUUUUUGGUAAAAACAGGCCUUUUUGUUGUAUUGGGUCAGCUGUGGUUCUGGCCUUGGAACUCUCCCUUGGAAGCCAUUUCUGCCCAGUGUCUCUUUCUUAUUCUUGAAUCAUGACCUUUGACCCUAACCGAGGCAGUGACGCCCUCAGAGCUUUAGAUGUUGUUCUAGUUUCUUCUGUGACCUCCUGGAUGAGUUGUCUGCAACUUCUCCAUUUGUGGAUUAUGGUCCUCACUGUGGUUCUCUGGAGACCCAAAGCCUUGGAAAAGGCUUAGUAAUUCUAUACAGACUAAUAGAUGUCAGUGACUGUUUCAUAAUGGGCUACUCUUUGAGAUCUUUUAGCCUACUUCAAGUUGUCAGACGGGGACUCCACGUGUCUGACAGGAAUCAGUCUUGGAUGUGGCUUGUUAAAUAGAACCUAGAUUUACAUACAAAUGUGGUAAAUCACAGAUUUUUUCCUUGUAAAAAAUGAAACCAGUUCACAACAGAUAUCACAAUUCACUCCAAUCAUACAGACAGAAUCCAAGUCAAGUACAUACAUUCCAAUUGAUCCUAGUUAUCAAACAAUGCAUUCAACUUCAGUUUAUUAUUCAAAUUGGUUAAACGGUUUUCUAUCAAAGGGAACUCAGCAGAUUGCAUUAAGUCGCUGACUUGCAGCAAUCCUUCUUACCGAGCAUAUAUGUAGCAACAGCGGAAAGGAAAACUCCCCCUUCAACAGGAAGAAACCUCCAGCAAAACCAGAACCAGGCUCAGUGUGAGCAGGCAUUUGCAGGGACCAACUGGGGGGUCGUUGGAUGUGUUGAAAGAGAUGGAAAACAGCAUUUUGAUUUUACUAAGGCUAUCUUUCUCUGACAAAUCCAUUAGUGUGAUUAUCUGAAACAUUUAAGUGAGACAAAAAAGCAAAAUCAAGAAAUUUCCAAGGCAGCAAAUAUUUUCUUCUCAGCACUUUAGAUGUACCAUUUUAAUCAUUUAGAUGGUCACCCUUCAUUUUUGUGUAUCACAUGAUAAAAACACCUAAAUUGGACACUGCUAUUGGGUGCUUAACUCUUUUUGUCAGUGAGUGUGCAUUAACUGUGAGGUGUUCACUUUCUCAGAAUUAAAUGUGUGGCAAUAGAUGUGGCCAGCAGGUGUGGCCAAGCAUUUAGUAUUGUGUAUAUAUCUUUAUAAGCUUAUAUAGACUAUUUAAGGAUAUUUCUGAGCCAACCCCUAUUUUAUAGUUAUUGCAUAGUUAUAUAUAUGUUUUGUCUGAGUUUUUCCAAUGGCUAUAAGCAUAAUAUCAAAUAAUAUAGAAAACGUUUAACAGGACAAUCCAAACAUUCCCAAAUUAGAAAGACCACUUCAACACACCGACACCACGCUGUCUAGCAUAGUCCUUAUAGAAAUAACGAGCAAACAUUUUGUUAAGAGAAACUGGAAUGGAUUGAUUGAACUCUUUAAUGGGGGCUCAGUCAGCUGUUUUCUCUCUGAAUGUUACUUUCUCUGUUGGUGCUUUGCUUUACACAGUGGAAUCUUUUUCCAGCACAGCUCAUCCCUCAUCAUUCCUGUGUUGGAUAAUCUCAACGUGUUCCUCAUCUUAUCAGUGUUCACCGCUGCAAGGACUGCUGGUAGGUUGGUUUGACCGAAGGCUUCACUGGUUGGCUGGCCUUCAUUAGGAUAUGAACAUGACAUUAGAUUGUUUUGCAAAGAUAGCAUUGAGCUAACUGGUGUUGGGCAGUCUGAGCAGCCAGGACACAACUCUCCAGUUCAGCUUCCCAGUCAGCACCUGGAAUCUGUCAGUUCCAUCUUCAUCAGUUCUCCAAACAAGAAAACAGAGAUGCUGUUGGUGAGAGAAAAAGACGUGUUUACAUGAAAUGCAGAUGUGAAAAAAGUUGGUAAUACAUGAUGUCACAUCAUUUUAUUUUGUCAUAUUAAGCAAUACAUUUCCUUCCCAUGAUUAAUCAAUUAACAAAUCACUCAAAUCAGUGAGAUGUGUCAUAAAAGCCCAGAAUAGGUUCCUGGACAUACUGUCCAGCCAUUUGCCAAAGUUGGAAUGGGUUUCAACAUGAACUUCCUGCUAAACUGAGGAAGCAGUUGGAUAAAUGGCUUCCAGCCUGUCUGCUGCUUCAGGAAUGAGGAGGAUGUAUACAAGCUGGGUGCUGCUGAUCGGAUGCAUUGUUUAGCUGAUCACCAGCAGACUGCAGUAGCUUCAUUAAAGCUGAAGCUUUAGCUACUCUGGAGGUUUUCUUGAUGUUGUGAAGAAGAGCAGGUCAACAUUUCUUCACAGCCAUGUUAGAGAUGAUUACUGAGGUCUGUUAGUGCUUAAGAUGCUGUUUAACGUUUUCUCUAUGUAUUGUGUCGUGGGAUGACUUUUACUGUGAAAUGGCAAUAAAGACGUUUUAAAUUGAA